GUCCGCCCGGGGGAUCGCGGGCCGUCCCCUGGCGCUCGCUGUUCGAGCUGCGCGCCGGGGCCCGGGGAAUGCGGGAACCCCCUGAGUGAGAGCGCGGGACCCGCGGAGGGCAAACCCCGUGUACGCAGCUCCUGCCCGCGGAGCCCACGCGCGUCCGUGGCACUCCUGGAUCUGCGCUCCCAUAUGGCGGCGCCCGGCGGGGCCUGGCGACAGAGGGGCGGAAAGGUUACUGUCGGUCACAGCAGUGGUGGCCUAAGAGGGGACGCGGAGGGGGGUACCGGACAGAGGGUAAGGUGCUCUCCGAAGCCGUGCGCAGGAGUCUGGCCCACCUCCUUCCCUGCUUACUUAACACCCACGGGUGGACACCCACGCGCGGGCACCUGGCGGACACCCGCACGGCUGCACUGCGCCCCGCACACGCAGUCACACGACACAAACUCACACCCAUUUGCGCGCACCCGCAGCGUUCCUGCGCUUCUGCUCAGAUUCCCCAGGCAGAGUCCCCAGGCCUCUUUGACCAAACAUUACCGAUGAGAUGGCUGAGGGUAGCAGCCGCGGAGCAGGGCAGGCCACCCUUCUUGGAAGCCCUCUCUCGAGAAGGGUACAGGGGCUGUUUUCUCUCAUGGUAUGCGAAGCUGAAAUCCCAGAUGUUUGAUUGAGUCCUUCAGAUGUUUUUUUCCCCCGACCAUGGGGAGCCCCCACCGCCCUACAGGUGCGAGAAUGUAACUUUGGGGGCCUUAGGACUGCUCAAGAAGGAGACUCUUAUUUUGAAGAGCGGCCCCCAUUCGCCACCCCCGUGAUUUGCACGCUGACCCAAUGGCUAGCCCUUGGCCGGCUCUAGGCUUGUUAUCAAUUACAUGUUGUUCCUACAGCCGCUGUGUCCCCGGGAGGAUAAACAGCAGGCCUGGCCGGCUAGGAGAGGGGGCGGAGUCCAGCGGCCGGCCAGGGAUCGUGCCCAGAACCGGGUGCCCCCUCCCCCUGCACGCAGUCUGCGCCUCUGGCUGCGCCACGUGCUGCUGUUUUUCAGGGACCGGUUUGAGCGCUGGCACUCAGACUUUCAGCCCUGGGUCUUCAACGCCUCAGUGUCCCGGGGUUGCUCAGUUCUGUUUUAAGAUCCUGUUGACUGACUGGGGCCUCUCCACUCCUGGAUUCAGUCAAGGGCUGUUUCUUGACUCUAGAUCUUGGCCUGUACGGAAGAGUCAUAACUGCUUGUAUUCUGGUGGGGAAGCAGAGCAUAGACAGGUCUCACAGUGGUGCCUGCUGUGGAGGAUAUUAUCCUGGUUGAUUUGUCUAAGGGAAAGUGUCUUCUGAGUUGAAAUAUCUAAAUAAUGAGCUCCCACCUGGAACGCUUGGAGAGACUUCCACAGAGGAGUUGUUGGUGCCAUGGCCCAGGCUCUUUUAGUGCAGAUGAGCCAGGCCUGAAGCAGCUGGAGGGGCAGCGUGGGUGGGCAGGGUGCUAGUGCCCUGGGCCCUGGAGGAAUCGGAAACAUUUUUAUGGCGGGAGGGAGAUUCUUCUGUGCAGUUCCACUUUGCCAUCCUUUUGUAUCUGCAUUCGCUACCUGUUCCUGCCCCGCUUCCAUGUCUCAGUAGGGUCUCACACAGCUGCCCUGGAACUCACGAUCCCCUGGCUGUCUCCUGAGUGCUGAGGUUCUGAGUAUGAGCCGCUCUGCCCACCAGCACCGCUGUUUGUACUUACAGCGGACUGGUUUCUAUCCUUUUAACAAUGGAGUCUGGAGACCACCAUCACAUUUGAAAACAGUGUGAUCGCCCGGUGUUGUGGGGUGUCCAGCUGUCAUCAUGUCAUCUCAGAUCUUAGGCGGCUCUGUUCCAAGUCCUGGGAUACCAUGCGCCCUGCGUUUGCCUGACUGUCCAAAUCUUAAUAAGUGUUCCGGUAUACAUGAGCUCUUUGGGUGUGCACGCAGCCUCGGAGCCGGGUCACACUGGCAGCACCCAGAUGUGAGCACAGAGAAGUUGUACCCCUUGCCUGAGGUCACGCAGCUGAUAGCUGCAUGCGAGGUGUGCGCCCCGCGCCUUUGCCUUUUGCGUUGUCUGGCACUUGAUUCCUGCUCAGCACCUGCCUUAGUGAAGAGCGUGUAUUUUAAAACACACUCCUGCUCUUGAUCCUCAGCUGAGUGUUUAAACCCAGAUGGCCUCCUGGCAGGAUUACCCUCGAGCUCAGAUCUUGCCUCUAUUCCCUGGAGCAAGAGAGAAACUUAGAGAGCACUGAAGCAUAGAACAGUUGGGGAAAUUGAGACCCAGGGGAGCAAAGUGACUCUGGCCUCUUGGCUGCUGGGCAGUGCCAGGUGCCAGGCUGUGGAGUGGACCUGUGGAGAUGAUGGCCAGGAUGUGGGUGCAGAGACUAUGGACUCUACAGUUCUGCGCAUUCCCCCUCUCCAGUCUUGAUAAUCACACAGCCAGCCAUGGUCACUGGGCGGGGACAAAGGUCCACAGAGGUGGCCCCAUCCCAGCCAGAUACUGUUGACUCUCCUUGGCCGCCAGACCUAGCAUGGGAUUUGGCUUUGGAGGACACGGCUUUCCCUCUCCUUUCUGUCCACAUUCUCUGAGCCCUUCUUGGGUACGUGGUGUGGUGCUAAGUGCUGGGGACACGGGCAUCUGCUGAGCUUCCCCAAGUCGCCACCACAGGCUCGGCCAAGCCAGCAUGGUGGACCACUUGCUUCCAGUGGACGAGACCUUCUCGUCACCAAAAUGCUCAGUGGGGUACCUGGGUGAUAGGCUGGCCAGCCGGCGACCAUACCACAUGUUGCCCUCUCCCAUCUCUGAGGAUGACAGCGAUGUCUCCAGCCCCUGCUCUUGUGCCAGCCCUGACUCGCAAGCCUUCUGUUCCUGCUACGGCUCAGGUCCAGGCCCUGAGGCCCAGGACAGCAUCUUGGAUUUCCUCCUGUCUCAGGCCACACUGGGCAGUGGUGGUGGCAGUGGAGGUGUCGGAGAUAGCAGUGGCCCUGUGACCUUGGGAUCAUGGAGGAGAGCCUCUGUGCCUGUGAAAGGGGAACAUUUCUGCUUCCCCGAAUUCCUGUCAGGAGACCCUGAUGACGUCUCCAGACCCUUCCAGCCUACCCUGGAGGAGAUUGAAGAAUUCUUGGAAGAGAACAUGGAGGCUGAGGUCAAGGAGGCCCCAGAGAGCAGCAGCAGGGACCUGGAGGCCUGCAGCCAGCUCUCCGCUGGGUCACACCGGAACCACCUCCAUCCAGAGUCUGGUGGGAGAGAGCGCUGUACCCCGCCACCAGGUGGCACCGGUGGGGGUGGUGCCCAAAGUGCUGGUGAGGGGCCAGCACGUGAUGGCCCCAUGCCCUUGCUGCUGCAGAUCCAGCCUGUUGCUGUGAAGCAGGAGGCAGGUUCAGGGCCAGCCUCCCCAGGGCAGGCCCCAGAGAGUGUCAAGGUCGCCCAGCUCCUGGUUAACAUCCAGGGGCAGACCUUUGCACUCCUGCCUCAAGUGGUACCAUCCUCCAACUUGAACCUGCCCUCCAAGUUUGUGCGCAUCGCGCCUGUGCCCAUCGCUGCCAAACCUAUUGGUUCGGGAUCCCUAGGUCCUGGCCCUGCUGGCCUCCUUGUGGGUCAGAAGUUCCCCAAGAACCCAGCAGCAGAACUUCUCAAAAUGCACAAAUGCACUUUUCCCGGCUGCAGCAAGAUGUACACCAAGAGUAGCCACCUCAAGGCCCACCUGCGCCGGCACACAGGCGAGAAGCCCUUCGCCUGCACCUGGCCGGGCUGCGGCUGGAGGUUUUCCCGCUCAGAUGAACUAUCACGGCACCGGCGAUCUCACUCGGGUGUGAAGCCGUACCAGUGUCCCGUGUGCGAGAAGAAGUUUGCGCGGAGUGACCACCUCUCCAAACACAUCAAGGUGCAUCGUUUCCCAAGGAGCAGUCGGGCCGUACGAGCCAUCAACUGAGUGCAGUGACCACCCCACCCUCCCCUAGCCCCACGCUUUGUUUUUAGAUGCAAUAAUUUAUUGCCUCCUUCAGAAGGAUGUGACAAUGUUACCAGCCCCCUUCUGAAUCUUAGGAGGUGUGACCCAGAACCGCCAUGGCUGCCUUUCGGGGGAGGACCUAGAGUCCCCAAGGUCCCCGGGGCUGGUUCCCCGGUGGCCCAGGCAGGCCUGCACCCUUGUGCCUUUGUGCCUUCCUGCCAGCCGGAAGGAUUAUUGGGGGGGGGGGUCCUUGCCCUUCUCCCAUUGGGCUCCCUACCUGGGCCAAAGCCAACAUUAUUGCUGGGGAAGAAGUGUUUUGGUUGUGUCGAAAUAGUUCCCAGAAGGAGCCAUGCUGGGAACAAGGAAGUAGGUCAAAAGUGUAGGGCUGAACUGUGGCAUGAGGACUGCCAUAUGCAAGAGGCCUUUGAGGGUCCAGGAGAAUGGCCACCCUUGCUCUAGGCUGUAAUGCAUGUGCUUAAAUGCAAGACAAAUGGAGCCAUAUCCAUCGGUACCCAGCCUGGCUCACCCUCCUCCAGACAUCAGCAUCCUCCAGGUUAUGGUAGGAGAAGACAGGAACUGGCCUGGUGGAUGCCAAGCAACUAGCUAGCGCCUCCCAGUCUGACUUAGAUUUGCAUUCCUCAUCAGGUCUAGAUAUUAGUACCAAUUGGACUAGCUUGUUUUGACAGGUCUAUUUCACAUCCUAUGAAUGUAUGUAAAUAAACUGUACAUAGGUACGCAUCUACAUAAAAUAUCUUUUAAUAACACGUUGACAUUUGUGUAAAUUUGAAAUUAAAAAAUUCUAUAAAGUCAGUGUAUAUAUGUUACAAUUAUGUAUAUUUUCUUUGGUCCUUCAUAAAAAUAUAUUUACUUUGCCAAUAAAAAGAGAAAAAAGAACUCAACC